UAAUAUUAUACUUGAAUUUAAGCUUGGAGGACAUAAUUCACAAAACUGAUUCUGUGUGAAACCAGCACACGGUGUGUAGUUUAUGUAACACUUCUAGCCAUGAGCUAGUGUGUGUGUGUGUGUUUGUGAGGUGUGUGAGGACGUCACUCCUCCUCUCUGCUCAGGAUGAAGACCAAACGCAGCAGGUUCUUAUUACAGCAGUUUUCCUCUGUGAGCUGAGCUGAGCUGAGAAGCGGAGAUCUCUCCUCAUUCUCCAGACUUCACCAUGAGACUCAGAGACGGCUGUCUUCUGCUGGGAGUCCUGCUGCUCCUCACACACACCUCUCACCAGCAGAACACUCCCAAGAAGAAACCCAAUGCUAAAAAAGACUCAGAUACUCGAGCCAGCGCUGCUUUGGAGGACCUGCAACAGCAGAUCAAUAACAUUGUGGAGGAACUGAAUCUUCUAAAGGAGCAGCAGGCCCUGCAGACUGUCUGUCUGAAAGGCACGAAGAUCCCUGGUAAGUGUUUUCUGGUGGACACCGUGAAGAAGCGCUACCACACGGCCAAUGAAGACUGCAUCGCCAAGGGAGGAAUCCUCAGCACUCCGCUGUCUUCUGAUGAAAACAGACAACUAUAUGAUUACGUGCGGCAGAGCAUUGGCCCGGAUGCUGAUAUCUGGCUGGGCAUCAAUGACAUGCAGACGGAAGGCGUGUGGAUGGACCAGGCCGGCUCAAACAUUCGCUACAAGAACUGGAAGCUCCCGCAGCCCGACGGCAGCAGCGCAGAGAACUGCGCCGUGCUCUCCGGUACUUCCGGCGGGAAGUGGCUGGACGAGAAUUGUCGCGAGGAGAGAGCGUCCGUCUGCGAGUUCAACAUCGUCUGAGAUCAUCCAGCGCGCCGGUUUGCUUGGCUUUAGCUGUCCUCAUCAUUGCACAAUCCUGCUUGCAUUGUGUUUGCUCCGUAAUUAAUAUAGUUUUCUUUUGAGGAGAACAAAGAUAGUCAUUUUACUCCAUAAAAAUGUUCAUGAUCUAUAAUCAAAGACUGAACACUGUAAUAAAAGACAUUUUUGAACAGUCUCCAUUAAGAUCUUGCCAAAAACGCAAAAUAAACAAACACAUUAAAGAAGUAUUUCACACAAAAAUGAAAAUGUACUGACCCUCAGGCCAUCCAAACAUCACAGUAAUCCACAAGUGACCCACACUGGACUCCAGUCCAUCAAUUAAAACUCUUGUGAAGAGAAAAGCUGUGUUUUUAACAAAACAAAACCAUCAUUAAGGCGUUUUAACUCAAAACCGUUGCUAAAAUAGAGAAUCCAUAUGAAUGCUUCCUCCAAUGAAGUCCAUCUCUGUCCUCUCACAUCAAAAACAAACCAACAUAUUAGUUUUGGACUGUUUUCACUUGUAAAUGCUGCUUGAUCUGUGCACAUUUCUCUCCUUGAUUCAGACAAGAAAACUUUUUCACCGAAGAAAGCAAUAUUAUGGAUCACAGAAAGCAAUGGUUUAAAAGUAAUACAUUUUACCGAUGGAAUUAUUUCUUACAAAUACACAACUUUUUUCACUUCAUAAGACAUUAAUCGAUGGACUGGAGUCUUGUGGAUUAUUGUGAUGUCAUUUUUGGAAGAAUAUUCCUUUAAGAUUAUUGAAUUCUGAUGAUAUUUACAAAGCAGUCCAGCCACCUGAUAAAAUCCAGUUGAACGAUGAUUAUUUCAGAUUGCUAGCUUUGUUACUUGUUUAUUUUCUAACAAACUAAAUGUCUAGCUUGAUAUAACCUGAACAUAUAUUUUUAUCUUAAUAAAGUGUAUCAAAAAUA